AAAUCUAGCCAGCGAUAAGGAGCUGAUUUUGAUGUUCUCUUAUUCCUUAAUCCUAUCGAUAGCUUGAGUCUUCUCUUUUUCGUUCAUGGAUUCUCUGCAAACAAAUACUCCAACCUUUGACACUCUACCGCCCGCAGUUCCUCCGCCAUCAUCUUCAGAAACCCUAGCUUAUUCUGCGUUGAAUCCAUCUUCUUUGCAGGGCUAUUCUUCUUAUGAUCAAGAUCAAGAUCAAGGUUUUCCCGCACCGCCCGAAACCCUAGCUUUGGAUGAUCCAAAUCCUCCGCCUCCUGAAGAAACUAUUGUUCCGUACGAACAAUACCCGCCACCGCCUCCGCCUCCACCUCCGGAAAAUCUUGCCGAUGGUGAGAACCAGGUGCCCCCUUCGGAAUUAAUACCUUCAAAUUAUGAAGAUCAAGAUCCAAAUCUUUCUUCGGAAAUUCAGAAUCAUGAAAAUGGAGCUUCGGUGGUUGCAGAAAGAUCUUCGUUGGAUCCGGACACUGAUGGAAACAUUGAUCAGAUCCAGAACGCAGCAAAACCAGAGAUCCAGAAGCCUUUGUUGUCCGAUAGUGGCAUUAAUAACACUCAUAGCGGCACCGACAAAGACUGGUCUGGAGGAGAAGAAGAGACCAGCAGUAGACGCAGGCGCCGCAGUAGGUGGGAUCCUCCGUCGGAGUCUGAUAACCAAAACGGUGAUCCUGGUAAUGGAACUCGUAAGAGGAAGUCGAGAUGGGCAGCGGAGGAACCGAAGCCUGUUCUCCAACUGCCUGACUUCAUGAAAGAACUCACAGGAGGUAUUGAUCUUGACCCUGAAAUCCAGCGUUUAAAUGCCAGACUUAUGGAGAUAAAUCGUUUGUUACAGUCUGCUCAGUCGGGUGCAUUCUUAGAUGAUCGCCCCGAAGGUGCCCGUUCACCUUCUCCUGAACCCAUUUACGAUAACAUGGGUCAUCGUAUAAAUACUCGUGAGUACCGGGCCCGGGAAAAACUUACCGAAGAGAGGCGGGAGAUUAUCUCUCAAAUAAUAAAAAAGAAUCCUGCUUUCAAACCCCCACCAGAUUACCGGCCUCCCAAGCUUCACAAGAAGCUUUAUAUUCCCAUGAAAGAGUAUCCGGGUUACAAUUUUAUAGGGCUUAUCAUUGGACCAAGAGGAAACACACAGAAGAGAAUGGAGAAGGAGACGGGUGCGAAGAUUGUUAUUCGAGGUAAAGGAUCGGUUAAAGAAGGAAGGUUGCAACAGAAGCGUGACUUGAAACCUGAUCCUUCCGAGAAUGAGGAUUUGCAUGUCUUGGUAGAAGCCGAGACACCGGAAGCACUUGAGGCUGCUGCAGGGAUGGUUGAGAAGUUGCUGCAGCCUGUUGAUGAAGGACUCAAUGAGCAUAAGAGACAACAACUCAGGGAACUUGCUGCUUUGAAUGGAACUAUUAGAGAUGAUGAGUUUUGUAGGUUGUGUGGUGAACCUGGUCACCGUCAGUAUGCCUGUCCAGCUCGUACUUCAACAUUCAAGAGUGAUGUACUCUGUAAAAUAUGUGGUGAUGGAGGACACCCCACUAUAGAUUGUCCUAUGAAAGGAACAGCAGGCAAAAAAAUGGACGAUGAGUAUCAGAACUUCUUAGCAGAACUUGGAGGGUCUGCUCCUGAUUCAUUGACGAAGCCAAACUUGUCAGUACCGCUUCUUGGUUCGAACAGCUCAGGAAGCAAUCCUCCUUGGGCCAGUGGCAACAAUGCUGGAGGUAUUGGGAACAUAUCUCAAGCAGGGUUGGGUGCGAAUGGAGUUAAGAAGGAGUACGAUGAUACAAACUUGUACAUUGGGUACCUGCCACCGAAUUUUGAUGAUGAUGCUCUUAUACGAUUGUUUUCACCUUUUGGUGAUAUUGUUCAGGCUAAGGUUAUUAAAGAUCGGGUGACUGGAUUAAGCAAAGGUUAUGGUUUUGUUAAGUACUCUGAUAUUUCUCAGGCCAAUCAGGCUACAACUAGUAUGAAUGGUUAUCGUCUGGAGGGAAGAGUAAUAGCAGUAAGAGUUGCAGGUAAACCACCUCAGCCUGUUGUACCUCCAGGUCCUCCGGCUCCACCAAUGCCCACUUACCCCGGUUCAGAUCAGGCGACUGGUGGAUACCCCUCUCAACAAUUUACAGCCGGUGGGCCUCCUGGGAAUGUUCCACCUCGAGGUUACAUGGGUGCUCCAGUUCCAUGGGGACCACCACCUCCUCCUUAUGCUCCUUAUGCUCCACCACCUCCUGGCUCAAGUAUGUACACCCCUGUCCAAGGUCAGUCUGCACCUUAUGGUGCACAAUAUCCUCCUCCUCCACAUUCUGCCCCCCCUGGUGCUCCAUCUCAGAGUGUGCCUUCUAGUGAAGCACAACAAAGUUUCCCUCCUGGAGUGCAGUCUCAAAAUAAUUCAUUAGUGCAAUCUGUGCCUAAUAAUGUCUAUGGAAACUCGGUAGCUGGGAUGCCACCAAAUAUUCAACCUACAUAUCCUCCAUCCUCUUUUUAUCCAUCCUAUUACAGUGCAGUGCCGCCACCUGUGCCUCAUCCAGCUGGGGAUCAUUCGCAGAAUUUGGGAAGUGCACCUUGGGCUUCAAAUCCAGUGCCACCACCUGUUAACUCUACAGAACAGACAACUUAUGGUACCGAAUCUGAAUACGAGAAGUUCAUGGCAGAGAUGAAAUGACAUGGCUCAGCUUCCCAUCGUUUUUCCAGGUUGAAAAGCUUGAGGUUUCUUGGAGGUCUUGUGAACCUGUUUUCUGAACUGUUGCUAUGACUUCAACUUGUUGGAAGUUUGGGACUCAUAUCUUUAACCUUGCUGUGCUGUUAUGACAUGCAGAGACUUGAGGAACAAAUGCUUCAGUUCAUUCAGUAUAACAUUGGAAUAGCUCUGAGGAGAACUUCCCAAUAGCAUAUCUCGGCUCAGGACUACAUCACCUUGUGGAUGACUAUUGUUGCCUCUUAAGUGCUAAAAUGCUAAUACUUUUCAUUCAUAGUUAUGUUUGGAGUUUAUUGAAGAGCUUUACUGACGUUUUUUGCUUUUAUAUAUCAUAUGAGAUGAUUAUUUCUCAUACUUGGAUUAGUUAACUAUUUCCUUCAAUAUCUUAACUUUUGUUUUCCGUGAUAACACUUUUUUCCAUUGUAAGGCUCUUAUUUCUAUCUUGGUAAGAACGCACCUGAAGCUGUGUUAUUCA